AUUUUUUUCUCCUACUUUUCCUUAUCCUCAGAUUUAGAAAAAAGAAAUUAAGGAAAAAAGAGAUGGCUGAUAUUCUUCUUACUGCAGUCAUCAAUAAAUCUGUAGAAAUUGUUGGAAAUCUACUCGUUCAAGAAGGGAGCCGCUUGUAUUGGUUGAAAGAGGACAUCGAUUGGCUCCAGAGAGAAAUGAGACACAUUCGAUCAUACAUAGACAACGCAAAGGAUAAGGCAAUUGGAGGUGAUUCCAGUGUGAAAAACUUGAUAAAAGAUAUUCAAGAACUGGCAGGUGAUGUGGAAGAUCUCUUAGAUGACUUCCUUCCGAAAAUUCAACAUUCCAAUAAGUUCAAAGACGCAAUUUGUUGCCUUAAGACGGUUUCUUUUGCUGAUGAGUUUGCUAUGAGGAUUGAGAAGAUAAAAAGAAGGGUUGUUGACAUUGACCGUGCAAGGACAACUUACAACAUCAUAGAUACAAGUAACAAUAAUGAUGAUUACAUUCCAUUGGACCAGAGACGAUUAUUCCUUCAGACUGAUGAAACAGAGGUCAUUGGUUUGGAUGAUGAUUUCAACAUGCUCCAAGCCAAAUUACUUGAUCAAGAUUUGCCUUAUGGAGUAGUUUCCAUAGUUGGCAUGCCCGGUCUAGGAAAAACAACUCUUGCCAAGAAACUUUAUAGGCAUGUCCGUGAUCAAUUUGAAUGUUCGGGACUGGUCUAUGUUUCACAACAACCAAGAGUAGGAGAAAUCUUACUCGACAUAGCCAAACAAGUUGGAGUGACAGAAGAGGAAAGGAAGGAUAACCUGGAGGACAACCUACAAUCACUCUUGAAAGGAAAAAGGUAUGUUAUUCUCUUAGAUGACAUUUGGGAUGUUGAAAUUUGGAAUAAUCUGAAACUUGUCCUUCCUGAAUGUGGUUCAAAAAUUGGCAGUAGGAUAAUUAUCACUUCUCGGAAUAAUAAUGUAGGCAGAUAUAUAGGAGGGGAAUCCUCGCUGCACGUGUUGCAACCUCUAGAUUCGGAGAAAAGCUUUGAACUCUUUACCAAGAAAAUCUUUAAUUUUGAUAAUAAUAAUUGGGCCAAUGCUUCACCUGACUUGGUAAAUAUUGGUACAAGUAUAGUUGGGAGAUGUGGAGGUAUACCAUUAGCCAUUGUGGUGACGGCAGGCAUGUUAAGGGCAAGAGAAAGAACAGAACAUGCAUGGAACAGGUUACUUGAGAGUAUGGGCCAUAAAAUUCAGGAUGGAUGUGCUAAGGUAUUGGCUUUGAGUUACAAUGAUUUGCCUACUGCAUUAAGGCCAUGUUUCUUGUACUUUGGCCUUUACCCCGAGGACCAUGAAAUUCGUUCUUUUGAUUUGACAAAUAUGUGGAUUGCUGAGAAGUUGAUAGUAGUAAAUAGUGGCAAUACGCGAGAGGCUGAAGGUUUGGCAGAGGAUUUCCUAAAUGAUUUUGUUUCUAGAAACUUGAUUCAAGUUGCUAAAAGGACAUAUGAUGGAAGAAUUUCAAGUUGUCGCAUACAUGACUUGUUACAUAGUCUGUGUGUGGAAUUGGCUAAGGAAAGUAACUUCUUUCACACCAUGCACAAUGCAUUCGGUGAUCCUGACAACUUUGCUAAGGUGCGAAGGAUUACAUUCUACUCUGAUGAUAAUAAUGCCAUGAAUGAGUUCUUCCGUUUAAAUCCGAAGCCUAAGAAGCUUCGUGCACUUUUCUGUUUCACAAAAGACUAUUCCAUAUUUUCUCAAAUGGCUCAUCUCGACUUCAAAUUAUUGCAAGUGUUGGUUAUAGUCUUAUCUCAAGAUCAUCAUGGAUUUGUCCUUAUCCCGAACAAAAUUGGGAACAUGAGUUGCUUACGCUAUCUGAGAUUGGAGGGGAAGAUUAUUGGAGAACUGCCAAAUAGUAUUGUCAAGCUCAAACGUCUAGAGACCAUAGAUAUUAGAAAAAGCGAAAUUCGACUUCCUUCUGGUGUUGUUUGGGAGUCUAAACAAUUGAGACAUGUUCGGUUUAAAGGUGAUUUUCCACUAUUUAACGUUUGCUUUUCUCUAAGCCCAAACAUGCACUCAAUUCCUCCUAAAAAUCUACAAACUUUGAUGUGGAUGAAUGAUAGAGUUUUUGAAUCGAGAUUGUUGCAAGGAUUUAGCAAAUUAAGAAAACUGGGUAUACAGCAAGUAUCCCAUUCUACCAGUAAGUUAUUAUCAGCAUUGAGCACUGUGCCAAAUGCGUUGGAGGUUCUGAAGAUUGGUUUUUAUAGCAACUACGCGAGUGAGCAAAUAAACUUGUCGUCCAAUCCAAAUAUUGUGAAGUUGGGUUUGUAUGAUUUCCUAAUAAACUCUAAAGCAUUUCCUCCAAAUCUUGUCAAGCUUACUCUUACCUUCGUUAUGGUAAACCAUCAUCUACCGGCAGUGCUUAAGAAAUUGCCCAAAUUAAGAAUACUUAAAAUGGUUCACUGCGAACACAUUGAAUAUACGAUGGAUCUCUCUGGCGAUGCAAAUGGUGAUAGCUUUCCGCAACUUGAAGUUUUGCAUAUUGAUAAACCAUUCAGGUUGUGUCAAGUAACGUGCAGGGAUGAUGUCAGUAUGCCUAAACUGAAAAUGGUAAAAGUUUCUUCCGGGAUUAGUCUCUCUGAACGGCUUGCAAAGCUGAGAAUAUGAAAAUCUCAAGGGAUACAUUUGAGAAUGAUUAAGUCUGCUGGAGAGCAUCUUCGAAGCCUGUUUGUAUUUGUUGUAAUAAUCAAAUGAAUGCAAGAGGGAGUUGUGAGUUUGAGUCAAGCAAAAAAGGUAGGAGCUCUUGAGGUAGGUGUAAAAGAAAAAAAGUUGAUGUAUUUGUGGCUUGUGAUUUGUAAAAUAUAUAUAUAUAUAUAUAUAUAUAUUUAUUUAUUUAUUAGUAAAUAUAUCGUGGACAUACAAAAUUAAAUAAAAUUCACCCAAUAAGAAAAUGACAGGUAAUAAAUAAUACUUUUAAAAAUAAAAUAAAGAUGGAUUAUUAGUUUUAAGGGUAUAAGUGAGCCAAAAAGGUGAGCGAAGGAGUGUUUUUAGCAAAAUAUGUGGAUGAAGGGUAUUUUUAGAUAUUUUUCUAUAGUUCAGGGGUAUUUUAAGGUUGUCAAUAGUUCGAGGACGAAACUAAUAAUUCUCGCCAAGUUCAGAGUGUUUUCAACGCUUCUCUCGACUUUUUAUUUAGAGUCUUUCGCUCCUACAAGAGUUUGAGACCACAUGCUAUGCUAUGUGGCAGAUCAGGGUAUAUUUAAGCUAGUUACUCAAGUAGAAAAGUGUUUUUAAGAUCGUCAAUUGUUCAAAGAUGAAACUAAUAAUAUUCACCAAGUUUUAAAAUAUUUUCAAUACUUCUCUCUUUAAUUAAUAGAAGUCUUGCUGACACGAACAAAUAUCAACUACAAUAUUCAAUAAUAGCUCUAAGAUGAUGGUGGUGUAUGUCCUCAUCCUUAAUAAGUUUUACGACAAGAAGACAUGAGUCUUUUUCCACCUCUA